AUGGAGGUCGUCGGCGGGGUCCCCGCGAUUCUAACCAUGGCACUGGAAUUCCAGCAUAUCUGCAAAAGGCUAAAACGCUUCAUCAAGAACGUCAAACAUGCUCAUACCGAAGUCAGGCUGAUUGUCAACGAAACCGAGAUAUAUGCCAACCUCCUACAGAGAUUCGAUGAAACCGUCAGAAGGGCUGACUCGCAAGAUGAAGGGUUCUUAAGUGAAGUGGAUUCCUCCCAUGUCACCGACUGCAUCGUAAAAGCGUCAGAAGCCAGUUUGCAGAAAAUCAAAGAUCUGCUCAAGAAGUCAGAGCCACUUAGAGCUGAUAAGAAGGACUAUUCGUCAUUUCAAAAACUGUUAGCUCGCUUGAAAUGGUCCGGUUGGAAAGAGGAAUGGUCAGAGAUCCAGCUAUGCCUCAACUCAACAAAGCAGAAUGCUACACUGGUCCUAGUCAUGGUGUACUUUGAGAGAUUGGUCCAGGAGUUCAACACUCUGAAGGCUCAAAACAGGGACGUACCAGAGCGUUUGCUCAAGAAAUUGGUUUUAAGCCGCAGAGAAGUCAAGUCUCUCCGGGUUAACGUCAAGAAGCUGCAACGGCAAUGUGAGCGAUUGGAACUCAAGUCUGAGGAACGGCCAAUAGUACAAGUCAACAUGGUUCUUGCUGAGGCGACCCGUGGUGUUGUCCGAACGUACAUCGAUCACCACGAAGAGAUCAAAACCAUGCUCAAUCCGGACACUCCACCUGCCUCCAAUGUCAUGACUAGCAGCUGGUCUACCGGAUCUCGCAACAAUUCUCAAAGCGCUUCAUCAGAGCGAUGGCAUCCUUCGACGACCAACGCCAGCCUCGGCAUCAACGCUCUAGAGGGGGAAUUUAGUGACGAUGAAGAAGUGAUUGAAGUCGUGGAGGAACGAACGGAUGAUAGUGGGUUGUUCGAAACGGGGGAGGAAGAAUAUGAUCAUAUAGAAGAUGUUGUUGAAGAACCUAGCGAAGAGCCUGUCAAAGAGCCUGUCGAAGAGCCUGUUGAAGAGCCUGUUGAAGAGCCUGUCGAAGAGCCUGUUGAAGAGCCUGUCGAAGAGCCUGUCGAAGAGCCUGUCGAAGAGCCUGUCGAAGAAGCAAUGGAAGAGGUUGUUGAAGAGCUGUCGAAGAAGCAACCGAAGAGCUCGGUUCCACCGGCGGAAGAGGCUGUCCCAGAGGCCGAGGAUGGGCGUGUUGAAGAAUUGAUCGAGGAGCUCGACCAGGCGCCGGUGGAAGGAGCUAUCGAGCAGCGGUUCGCACUGCCGGUAGAAGUCACCGAUGAUGACCACAGACAUCUGGAAGAGACCGCUUUCGACGCCGAGGACACCGAUAGUUGCUCCUCAUUCUUGAGCUUAACAUACUCGAAUGACGCCCCAAAGAAGACAAGCCCUUCCGAGCAAUGGAUGCACGCAGCACAAUACGGACUGCGUGGAGGCAGAUUACGGCGGGACACACGGCGCUCCCGGACUCCAGAUCCUCCUCCACAAGACAUCAUCGUCGACCGAAACGACGGCCGUGGUCCACGCAAUGAAUACCGUCCUCCGAGGAAACCUCGAUAUCCGUCGGCCUAA